AUGUCUUCAAAUAACAAUCGUAAGAAGCUUCUUCUUAUGGGUCGCUCGGGCUCUGGUAAGUCUUCGAUGAGAUCCAUCAUUUUCAGCAAUUAUUCAGCUUUCGACACCAGACGGUUAGGGGCGACUAUCGACGUAGAACAUUCGCAUUUGAGAUUUUUGGGUAACAUGACACUAAAUCUGUGGGAUUGUGGUGGACAAGAUGUGUUCAUGGAGAACUAUUUCUCGCAGCAGAAAGACCACAUUUUCCAAAUGGUACAAGUUCUUAUUCACGUUUUUGACGUGGAAUCCCAGGAGGUGAUCAAAGAUAUCGAGAUAUUCACCAAGGCGCUGAAUCAACUGAAGAAAUAUUCUCCGGACGCCAAGAUUUUCGUCCUGCUUCACAAGAUGGACCUCGUACAGCGAGACAAAAGACAAGAGCUUUUCCAAAUCAUGAUGAGCAAGCUACAGGAAACAUCAGCGGCCUACGGGUUCCCUGAUCUGGUCGGCUUUUCGACUUCAAUUUGGGACGAGAGUUUAUACAAGGCAUGGUCGCAAAUCAUAUGCUCUCUGAUUCCGAAUAUGGCCACAUACCAGUCCAAUCUGAAGAAGUUGAAAGCGGUAAUGGAUGCGAGAGAAAUCAUUUUGUUUGAGCGAGCCACGUUCUUGGUAAUAUGCUCAAGCAACACAGCCACUGGCGAGCUGCUUGACCCAAAAAGAUUCGAGAAAAUCUCCAAUAUAAUGAAGAAUUUUAAACAAAGUAGCAUGAAGCUCAAGAGUUCCUUCAAAACGCUGGUCCUUGACAACACGAUAUUUGUGAGCGAACUUUCACCCAAUAUGAUGUGCUUCAUAGUACUGAAUAAAUCAGAAAGUCCACAGGAAUUGGUUUUGGAGAACAUAAAGAAGGUACGGGUCCAUUUUCAGUGA